AGAGAAGGAAAUUUCGCCCACCGUUCAUGGCCGUUCAUGUGAACAGUCGUGUGCACAGUACAUUAGCUAACUAAAAGAAGAAUUCCGAAACCAUGGCACAAUCAGGCAAAGUUGUUUUAUAGGGAACCCCAUCAAGAACAUCAACUAGACAGAAAGUUGGAGAGAUUGGUGACGACAAACAGGAUGAAAAUAAUUCUGAAGGCCAGACUGAUUCUCCAGCAUCAACAGAGGUAGCUGCCCCUACUCCACAGGUCAUCUUUUCCACAGAACCUGAUGCUAAUGAGGAUGGAGAUAAAGUAGCUCCCAUUGAAGAUGAUGUUACAGAGAACGAGGAGGUCAAAGAUGUCCCAGUUAAAGAAAAUGCUUUGAGGGAAGGCAAGCAUAGACCAUAUAUUUAGUGUGUAUGACAUUGUCCCAGCAUGUAAUUGGAAUAGGGAUAAUGUUCAUAUGACAUUUCUUAAAUGCAAAACAUUUCCUGUUCCAUUAAAUUCAGUAGGUAUUUCCUUUGUUAAUGAAUAUUGUUUAUGUAGCUUGUGAAGCGGAGCAGAUGGACACAACUCCUGCUGCUGAGGAGGAAGCUGUUAAGGUCACCUUAGAGUCAGAAAAUGCCAUCGAAGAUGCCAGUAAUUUUGAAGAGAAGACCAAUGGAAAUGACCAGGCUGUUGCAGUAGCCCCAGUGAAGAGGAAAGCAGAGGAUGAGACUUCUCCAGCUAAGAAAACAAAGUGCAUUAAUGGUGGUUUUUGUCUUUUUGUUGGUAACUUGAACACAUCCAAGGAAGUGGAGGAAAUCAAUGAUGCCUUGGCCAACUUUUUUACGUCGCAUAGUCUGUUAUUUCAAGCUAUUCGAGUGGACAUAACAAAGAAAUUUGCAUAUGUAGACUUUCACACAGAGGAAGACUUGACAAAAGCCCUUGAGCUGGAUAGGGUGAAGAUCCUGGACCAAAAGAUAAGGCUAGGCAAGGCUAAUGUCAAAGAUGUCACAGCAGAGGAAAAAAAAGCUAAAGAUGCCAAGACCUUGUACGUCAAGAAUAUCUCAUUCUCGGCAACAAAGGAGGACUUGAAGAAAGUCUUUGACACAGCGGUCGAAAUCAGGUUUCCUAGAGGCAUUGGCCGACCAAGCAAAGGAAUUGCCUACAUAGAGUUCAAAACGGAGGCCAUUGCUGAGAAAGUGCUGGAGGAGAAGCAGGGGACUGAUGUCCAAGGCCGUGUCAUCGUUAUUGACUUUUUAGGAGAAAAGAGUCAACAACAAAAAAUGAUCAAUGCUCCAGCUGAGGCCACACCGAAUAACGAGUUAUUGGUGACAAACCUGGCUUACACUGCGAAAGAGGAUGCCCUAAGGAAGAUCUUUCUCAAAGCAGUCAGUGUCAGAAUACCACAGAGCAGUGGCAAACCAAGAGGUCAUGCCUUCAUUCAGUUUGAAAGUGUGGAGGAUGCCAAAGAAGCCAUGGAAUCAUCGUUAAACAAAGAGAUUUGUGGAAGAGCCAUCGGAGUAAAAUUCAGCCAGAAGAGGCCAGAAGGUGACCAAGAGAACUCAGUUCCUUCCAAGACAUUGAUGGUCAGGAAUCUUGCCAAGGAGACGAGCGAGGAGACUUUGAAAAGCUCCUUUGAAGGUGCCAUUGAAGCUCGAGUUACGAAAGACAAGGAGACUGGUGAAUCUAGAGGGUUUGGCUUUGUGGACUUUGAGAGCAUAGAGGUCUGCAAGGCUGUUAAGGAGGCUGUGGUGGACCUUCAGAUUGACGGGAGCAAGGUGACCCUGAUCUAUGCCACGCCCCAGGGCGAACGAGGACCUCGUGGAGAAGGAACGGGCUUCAACAGGAGCUUCAGAGGGAAACCCGGAGGUCGAGGUGGCGGUCGAGGCAGGGGCAGGGGUGGAGGCUUCAGGGGUGGACGAGGAGGCAGAGGUGGUGGCGGCGGUGGAAGGAGGACUUAAAACAGCAAAUAUCUUCUUUUUUUUUUUACAAUGGACUGCUGCAGCUGAGCUCUAAUUCAACAUCUGAAUUAACUGACAAGCUUGUAAUGGGCAUCUAUCCCUAAUAAUUUCAAUAAAACAAAUGAAUUUGUUCGUAGUUUAAAUGAUUUAUGUGAAAAGAUUCUACCACGUUCAUACUUAACAAUGUAAUGUCUUACACACUUACUGUAUGUGUAACAUUUUGUUUGAGUUUGUCUGUUUUCCAUUAGUUUACCUUUUAAUUGUUAAUUUCUUGAUUAUGCAAAUACUAUAUUGAAGACUGAGUAAUUAAAGGGUUCCCAAAUUUAA